CGCGACGUUUUUAAAUUAUUGAGGCGCGUUUUGUUAAAAUGACUGUUGACAAGCCAGAAACCUAAUGCAUCCUUAACGGUGCCUUUUCCAUAGCUUGCAUUGCACAACAGAUGAAGAAAAUGUCGUCCAGAAUUCCAAGAAGUCUGCAGUUACCUGCAGAAAUUAAGAAAGCCGGUUAUAAAGUUGAAUCCAAAGAGACAGCAGCUGUAUCUGCAACAGCACAUGCUGGACAGAAGUCAGAUGGUAUCCUCAAACCUCAAAAAGAAAACGUGCCCAAGAAAGCUGUUGCUCCCAAAGUAAACAAAGGGAUCUCCACCAGGUAUGGGCAACAGGCAGAUCUUAAGGGGCAAAAUCAGCAUCUGAUGGCUACUAAUGAGGAGCUGCAGAAAAACCUCACAGAGACGCAGCAAAGAGUAGCUACGUUGGAGCUGCAGGUCAGUGAACUUAAAACGGAGGCUGGAGAGGUUCAGAAAAACCUGAAGGACUGUCACAUGCUCUUAGUCGCAGCUAAUAUAGACCCAGUUUUAGGAGAACGAGUUGGAGAAGCUGCACAACAAAAAGAAGAUAAAUGGAAAGGGGUUAUGAGUGUCUUCACAGACCUGCUGAAUGAAUUAAAAGUGUUUGGAGACACUGCGUCACAGCAACAUGUCUGCUUAGAGGAAAUCCAAACAACGAUGACAGGACUCUCAAAAGCGAGGGAACAUAUGAUGCAAGAAAGAGAGAACUUCUCCCUGCAGGUGGUUGAAAUGGAAAAUGCUCUCAAGGAAGCAGAAGCUCUCUUGCUGUAAAAGUUAUAAUGUCCCAAUUACAAAUUAGUUAAAGUAUUGAUCCUUAUUGUAUGUUUUAAUGUUUGUGUGAUUGAAACUUAAUAAAAUAUUCUUUAUCUAAUUCUUAUCAAAUUUUCAUAUUUAAAACGGUCAAAUGAUGCUUCAGAAACAUUAUUUGUACUUUUCUACGAAUAAAUAAAGACAUUUUAUCAGUUGCA